UGGGUUUCGCCCCCACCCCCCUCCGCCCCCGAUAUAAGAGAGGAGCGUAAUAUAACAAAAUCCAGCUUGGUGGAUCGGCCUCCCGUUGGCGUUUUUUUUACACGCCGCUAGCGAGCCUGAUGAUCGUAAAUUGGCCCUGAACGCAACGGAAGAGGCUGCUGCUCCUUUCGUUCUUCCCAAGGGUGCGCGCAUAGGAGGGUCGGCGGCGCGGAUAUACGCCGGACAGACGAAACUGCGCUGCCCCGGACGAACCAAAAUUUCCGAUGCCAGAUGAAGAGCUUCUUCGUCCGACGCUAUCGAACAAGUGCUGCAAAAGGAUGUCAUCGCUACUGUUUGAGCCAAGCGAAGGGCGUUGCGGCAGCUGCACGCCGCCGCCUUCGUCGCAGCAGAGCCAUGGCUACCACCUGGCGGGGGGGCCGCAGGGUGGAGCAUCGCGCGUGCCGCCCUUUGCCCCGCAGCCCCACACAGGGGGUCAGCCGGGAGGAAUGCGCUCGCUGUCGGUCACGUCGGCUCACGUGCAACAGCAACAGUCGCAGCAACAGCCAGUGUCAACAGUCACGUGCAACGCGCACGAAGUGUGCCACUACUUUCAACAGGUAUUCUACGUGUCAGCCAUCCUCACCGGCAUCGCGCUGGUCAUUGCCGGCGCCAUCCAGACUGGAGCGCCAGACGCCUCACUGAACUCCGAGCAGUCCCCAAUGGGACCUGCGAUCGGCGAGCCGCCGGACGGUGCGGUCGCCAGCGGCGACCUGCUUGUGUUUGUUUACAUCGGUGUGCUACUCAUCGGCGUCAACGUCUCGCUGCUGCUUCUGCAGUGCUACAUGCGUAGCAAGGAGCUGCGGCGAGCUCGGCGGUCAGCGAUGAUGCAGCCGCCUUCAAUUCCGCCCGCCACAGUGCACUACAAUCCCCUCGUGUCUGUCGGCCCACCGAGACAGGUGGCCAUGCCCUGUGCCGUGGACAUCGGAUCCGGCAUACACAGGCAGCAGCCGCAGGUGCCGUCACCGGGAAAAGCCCAGCGGCGCGGCUAUGGCCCAGCGUCGGUCCACAGCGUCGCAACGGUGCCGGCAAUGCCCAGCACCCAGCCCCACUGGCUGCUCACCCCGGGCUCCCGGGCGGCCACGGUCGCUGCCAGCCAGCCACCUCCGAGCUACGACAACCUCCUGAUAGUCGGUCACACACCGCGCGAAGUCGCCACGCUUCACCUCAUCUAGUCACUUUUUUGGCACGCCUCACUUUGGUCAGCGUGUCUGGGCUCAACACUAGGCCUCUGCCUCUGCAUUUAAUUCUGUUCGAGAAGAGUGCACAUCCAUAGACUGCUU